AUGGCAAAGAAGUCAAAGAAAGCAGACCAGUCCAAGGCGCAGGCAGCCGAACCCGUCGCUGCGCCGCCAGCCAACUUUGACUCGGAGCUCGACGCUUUCUUCAAGGCGGCUCCCCCGGCUCCAGCACCUGCUCCUGCUGCUUCGGCGUCGACAAGCAGCGUUGCAGUUAAGGCUGGGCCUUCCAGCUCAAAGAAGCGCAAAGCGGUCGAGCGACCCGUGGAAGAGACAGUCGAGGCGACAGAAGAAGCGCUUCUCGAUGAUGACGAGGACGACGAAGAGGAUGACGAGGAUGUAGAGAUGGAGGAAGGCGAUGGAGACCUGUCCAGCAUCGACGAAUCUCUCGACGACGAGGGCUCCCUUCUCUACAGCCAGAGCGAAGGCGAGGCCUCUGAUGCAGAAGAGGACGAGGAGGACGACUCAGAAGACGAGAACGAGCCCUACGUCCCACCUCAGCACGAAUCCGUCACCAAAUCCCAACCCACCUCGACCGCCGCAAAGAACCCCAAAAAGACCUUCAAAGAGGCGCCCGAGCCCUCCGAGACGCGAGACCAACGCACGCUCUUCAUCGGCAACCUCCCCAUCGAAACCGCUCAAUCCCGCUCCUUGCAGCGCAAGCUCGUCUCCCUGAUCGAGUCGCUCUCUCCCUACCCGAUCCUGACCAAGGCGCACGGUCUGCGCUUCCGCUCCGUCGCCUUCUCCGUUCCCACCGUCCACCUCGAUGCGGACGACGACCACGACGCUGACAAAAAGAAGGCUAAGAAGGGCAAAACCAAAGAACGAUCGCAGAACUAUCGCGAGGCGGUCGCCGCUGUCGAGGGCGAGUCCGCCCAAGCCCCGCUCACCGCGCAACAAAAACGCAAGAUCGCCUUCAUCAACAAAGACUUCCACGAGAAAGCCAAGAGCGUGUCCGCCUACAUCACCAUCGCUCACCCCUCUGCGGUGCUCGCGCACCUGCACGACAUUGCGCCUGCGAAAGCCAAGUCGAAGGGUGCCACGAGUGCCGGGCCUAUUGCGCUGGAUCCGAGGUUGACGGGCAGCGUGCUGGCCGCGCUCAUCGCCGCCUUUGCCGACGGGGCCGACUUCCAGGGUCGUCAUCUGCGCGUCGAUCUGGUGAAGUCCAUCUCGCCGAGCGAAGUGCUGAGUGCAGGAUUGGAAAAGGUCAAGUCGUUCGAUGGUGUGUUGGUUGGAUCGAGCAACAGCGCCGUGGACCCGAAAAGCACACUUUUCGUGGGAGGCCUCGACUUUGAGACGGACGAAGAAGAGGUGCGGGCCUUCUUCGAGGGUUUGCUCGCUGAAGAGAUUGGUGCCGCCGGUGACGCGAUCACCAUCCCGAUCACGGGACUGGAUGGCAAGCCUGCGCCGUCGUCGCUACUCGAGAGCCUCUCGUCGGAGUUCCCCUUUGUGCCACCGGAGAAGCGAUCAACGACCGAAUCGGUGACGCGCGCGGCGCAGUUCGUUCGCUCUGUCCGCCUCAUCCACGACGCCGCCACGCAGAUGGGCAAAGGCUUUGGCUACGUGCGCUUCACCUCGCAGCAGUGCGUCGACGAGGUGAUGGCGGUGUACAAUGCCGAGCAGGCGUUCCUCGACAGUCGCAAGGGCGUCAAAGGCAGUCUCGGUGCGAGCGCUGCCAUCGCUGCGGGAGGCAAGGAGUUCAAGCGUCGUCUCAAACUCGGUGGACGUCCCAUUCGCGUCGCUUACUGCAAGAGUCAGACCAAGACCUCCACCCCGCAACGCGGGGGCAAAAAGGGGAACAGGGAGGAGGAGCCAACGACACCGCGCAAAUCGCCCUACGAGCGCUCGAGCGGCGCCCCUACACCCAAUGGCACUUCGCCACACGUACUCGGGAAGAGGGUUGCAACGAAGAUCACACCAGGCAGCCCGACAGCUUCGCGCUCGGCGAACCCGGUCGAGAUCGCAAAGAAGGCGGAGCUGUACGCGACACUCAGCAAGGACCAGCGCAAGCAGAUGAAGAAGGACGAUUCCGACAGGGUCGAGCGCAGGAUGGCUAAGAAGAACAAGAAGUUGGGCGGUGCUGCGGCGGGCGCGAAGGUGGAUAGGAGUCUCCUGGCGGAGGGCGAGAAGGCGAGGAGCAAGGAGAGGGUCAAGUUGCGACAGCCUGCCGCUGGAUCGAAGGGUCCGAAGGGGCCGACUGGCGCGGCGGGUGGGAACAAGAGGUUCAAGAGUGGCCCCGGUGGCCCGCCGAGGAGAGGGCCUCCCAAGGGCAAGUGA